CCAUUGAAGAAAGCUGCCACUAGCGCGUGAGUGAUUGUUGAGAGAUGUAGGCAUAGUGCUCCAAGCUGUGUGAAAAGAAAAGAUCUCCACUCCACUCAAAUGUGGGCGCUGCCUUUUUAGUGCGAUUGCUGCUGAACAGACCCAAAAGCAAAGCCAAAGAUGAAAAUGGUUCUUCCAUUGCUCCUUGCAGCAUGUCUAGCAGUAGCAGCAUCAGCAGCAGCACCUUCUUCUUCAUUCCCAAAUCAUGGGAAGCAAAUCUUAAGAUUUGCCGAAGACAGCUUUUGCUCCACGCUGGUCCUGGUUCAUGGCUAUCCUUGCCAGGAGUUCAAAGUGACAACUCCAGAUGGCUACAUUCUGCGAGUUCAUAGAAUACCACACGGUGUGGCGGGAGUUUCCUCGCCAUCGCCAAAGCCAGUGUUUCUCCAGCACGGUGUUCUUCAGGGAGGAGACGAUUGGGUGUUUUAUCCCCCGCGCAAUUCUUUUGGGUUUGUUCUCGCGGACGAAGGCUUCGAUGUGUGGAUCGGGAAUCUCCGGGGCACGCAUUGGAGUCGCCAGCAUGUCUCGUACUCCUCCGGCGACAAGGCGUACUGGGACUGGACUUGGGACGAGCAUGCCCUGUACGAUCUCCCAGCCAUGCUCAACUUGGUUCAUGAAAACACUGGCUCGGAGCUUUACUAUGUCGGCCAUUCUCAGGGAACGUUGAUUGCUCUGGCAGCUUUCUCGGAGUCCAAGCUAAUGAAUGUCGUCAGGGCGGCGGUGUUACUCAGCCCCAUUGCCUACCUCAAAGGCAUGACUUCCACGCUUUCCAGGCUCGCUGCUCUACUCUACAUGGACCAGAUCUACGACGACGUAGGCCUGUCACAAUUCACUCUUGAAACUGGAAUUGGUGCGUACCUUCUCAGGAAUUUAUGCUCGCUGGACCCCCGAUGCGCAGACUUGCUGGUCCUCGUGACGGGCCGGAAUUGCUGCUUCAACGCGAGCCUCACUUCUUACUACCGCCAGUUCGAGCCUCAAGGGUCUUCCACGAAAAACUUAGUUCACCUUGCUCAAAUGGUGAGAACCGGUUUGUUUGCAAAGUUCGACUAUGGUAGCAGCCUCGGGAACAUCCGCGCCUACUCGCAAGUGGUUCCUCCGACGUACGAGCCAGCCAACAUUCCCAAGAGUUUUCCAGUUUUCCUCGUGUAUGGAGGCAAGGACACAUUGUCUACGCCACAGGGCGUCCAGGAACUGGCCAAGCGCCUCGUUUGCACGCAGCAAACACUAUUUCUUCCAAACUACGCUCACGCGGAUUUUGUUGUAGGAACUCGAGCAAGGCAAGACGUGUUUGACCCGGUGAUUAAAUUUAUCAAGGCAAACUAAGUAAAGGUGUGGCAAAUCUCUGAUAAAAUCAAGCCUUUUGUUUUUUGGUGAUGUUCCUUCCAACAAUGUAAAGCAGCGUAGACAACAUUGUGGGAGCGUGUGAUUGGCAGUGUCAAAAUUUUUAACUCCUUUCUAGGUGGUGCGAAAGAAUUUUUCCAUGGAUCUCCGUUCCUAGCCAUUCAAGCACGAGAAGGCUAUGUCUGAUUAACGAUAAUCCCGAAUUAAUCAAACAAAAGUUAAAGAUU